AUCAUGUUCUCGGCGAUGGCGCAAAAUAACUCGACAACGGAAGUAAACGUGGGAGUUAUUCUGAACUUGGAUACAGGGGUUGGGAAGGUGGGGCUGAGCUGCCUCAAAAUGGCUCUCUCAGAUUUCUACAAUUCCCGCUCUUUCUACAACACUCGUCUCGUCCUUCAUGUAAGGGACUCCAACAAAGAUGUCGUCAAAGCUGCUUCUGCUGCCCUGGACCUGAUGAAUAACGAGAAAGUGGAAGCAAUCAUUGGUCCCCAAACCUCAAUGCAGGCCAAUUUCGUGAUCAACCUCGGCGGACAAGCUCACGUGCCCAUCAUCUCCUUCUCCGCAACAAGCCCUGCUCUCUCUUCUCUUCGCAGCCCCUACUUCUUCCAAGCAACCCAAAACGACUCUUCCCAAGUCAACCCCAUAACCGCAUUAGUCCAAGCUUUUGGUUGGCGACAAGUCGUUCCCAUCUACGUCGACAACUACUACGGCGAAUCUUUCAUCCCUUACCUCACCGACGCUCUCCAAAACGUCGACGUACGAGUCCCUUACAGAAGCGCUGUUCCUCCUAGAGCCACCGACGAGCAAAUAGCUUCCGAGCUUUACAAGCUCAUGACAAUGCAGAGCCGGGUCUUCGUCGUCCACAUGUUGCCCCAUCUCGGGUCUCGGCUUUUCGCCAAGGCGGAGGAGAUCGGGUUGAUGGAGAAAGGGUGUGUUUGGAUCGUCACGAAUGGUUUAGCCGAGUUGUUGAAUAGUACGGUCGUUGGUUCAAUGCAGGGGGUGUUGGGUGUGAAGACUCAUGUGGGAAGGAGAAAAGAGUUGGAGAGUUUUAGAGUGAGGUGGAAAAGGCAGUUCCAAAGAGAGAAUCCUGGUGUUGUUGAUGCGCCUGAGCUUAAUGUUUUUGGAUUGUGGGCUUAUGAUGCUGCUUUUGCACUCGCCAUGGCGGUUGAGAAGGUUGGUGGGAGGAAUGGUAAUGGUUAUGCUAGUUCAGGCUUUGUGCAUUAUGAUUCUGAAAACUCUUCUACUCAGCUUGACACUUUUGGGGUGUCUCGGAACGGUAGGAAACUUCGUGAUGAGCUUUUGGCGAUUCGGUUUAGAGGCCUGACUGGGGAGUUCAGCAUGGUAAGUGGGCAACUUCAGUCGUCGACUUUUGAGGUUGUGAAUGUGAAUGGCAAUGGGGAAAGGCUGGUGGGUUUUUGGUCACCGCAAUCUGGACUUACUAGAAAGUUGAAUGUGGCCGCAAAUGCAAGUGUUGUUUAUUUGACUUCGGAGUCGAAUCUAGGACCUGUUAUCUGGCCGGGAGAUUCUCUGUCCGUUCCCAAGGGAUGGGUGGCGCCAACAAAUGGGAAGAAAUUGAGAGUGGGGGUGCCAGUGAAGUCUGGCAAUUCUAGUUUUGUCAAGUUGAUAAAAGAUCCUAGUACCAACAGAACACAGUUUACUGGGUUCUGCAUAGAGGUCUUCAAUGCUGUGAUUGAUCAAAUGCCUUGUGCAGUUCCUUUUGAUUUCAUACCAUUUUCAAAGCCUAAUGGUGAGAGCGCUGGUUCUUACAAUGAUAUGAUUUAUCAAGUGUAUCUUGGGAACUUUGAUGCAGUGGCAGCUGACAUGACCAUAAUAGCAAACAGGUCCUUAUAUGUGGACUUCACACUGCCAUACACCGAUUCUGGUGUAACCAUGAUCGUGCCAAUCAAAUCCAUGGAAAUGAAAAACGCUUGGGUGUUCUUGAAGCCUUGGACUUGGGAACUUUGGGUGACAACAUGUUGCUUCUUUCUGUUUGUUGGCUUUGUCGUUUGGCUUCUAGAGCACCGCAUCAAUAACGAUUUCCGUGGCCCACCUUCGCACCAGGUUGGCACAAGCUUCUGGUUCUCCUUCUCCACCAUGGUAUUUGCACAUCGCGAGCAGGUUGUGAGCAACAUGGCUAGAAUAGUGUUGAUUAUAUGGUGUUUUGUAGUUCUCGUACUUACUCAAAGUUACACAGCCAGUUUAACAUCACUACUAACCGUUCAACAGCUACGACCAACUCUGACCAAUGUGAAUGAGCUCCUAAAGAAUAAGGUGAAUGUCGGUUUCCCGAAUGGGUCUUUUGUCUUAGAAAUGUUGAGAGAAUUUGUCCCAUUGGAACCAUCUCAGAUUAAGGUUUACAAAUCCCUACAACAUUUGGGAGAGCUUUUUGAAAAUGGUGACAUUGAGGCUGCUUUUGAUGAAAUUCCUUAUGUGAAGCUCUUCAUUGCGAAGCAUUGCUCUAACUAUGCCAUGGUUGGACCAAUCUAUAAAACUGCCGGCUUUGGCUUUGCCUUCCCAAGAGGUUCCCCUUUAGUACGUGAUGUAUCCAGGGCGAUUUUAAAUGUGACAGAAGGAAAUAAAAUGAAGGAAAUUGAAAACGCAUGGUUUACAUCAGCUACCGCUUGUCCAGACUCCAGUGCGGCGGCUUCCUCCGCGAGUCUUGGCCUUAAUAGUUUUUGGGGCUUAUUCCUUAUUGCCGGGAGUGCUUCCUUAUCAACUCUCACAAUAUUUGUGGCUAUGUUCCUCUACAAGCACAGGAAAAUCUGGACACGCUUUGACCCUGAAGUCUCACUAUGGCAAAAGAUCAGAAUGGUGUCGAAAAUCUUUGACGAGAAAGAUCUAAGCUCUCACACUUUUAGAAAGAAUAGUGAGCUACAAAACAGAAGCCCUAAUCAUGUCAUUGAUGUUGUCAAUGGUUCACCAAACAACAAUUUCCCACCAAGUCCGUCAAGCUGUUCGAACCAGACAGAGUUCAACUUCACUGCCCAUGAAGAGCCUGGAAGACCUUCCUCUACUUAAAAGGGCCCUUGGAAGAAUUGAUCAUCAAGUACUCAAAAUGGAUGGCAUCAAGACAGUCAUCAUUAGUGUAGACAUAUAUAGGCGAAUACAAGUUCUAAUAUAACCCAAUAAAG